GCGCGGCUGACGUGCGUGAGUGCGUCGGUGGAAAUCUGCUCCUCGGAGCGUCGGUGUUAAGAGGGGCAGCACGGUGUAGGUGGACAGAGGGAGAGGGAUAGAGAAGACACAUGCGCGUCUAUAUCGGGACAUCCCCAGCUGUCCGCGGCAGAAACCAAGCGGACCAGGUGGCGUAUCACGACGCACAGAGCCUACAACAGCUUGCCUCUCACUAAUCUCCACCUUGGUGACGGCAGCACUGCACGUAAAAAUCCUGGAAUGCGAUAUGUUCCAUUUCGUUUGGUCUUCUUUGUCAUCCGUGGUUCCGAUCAGCUUCUAAGGUACUCAACGCACUCAUCACUGGAGGACUCGGACAGCGGGGCUUUGCCAUUUGACGCUCCUGAAUGAGUUGGAUACAAUGAGUCUUUUUGCCUGGAUUUGAUCCAAGUCUCUCGAGUCAGAGUCACUUUUUUUUAUUAUUCUCGCUGUAGUUAUGUUGCCAGAAAUAAAUAAGACAUCACGCCCGGAGGCCUUCCCUCACAGACAGCAAGCAGAGGGCAGUCGUCUUGGGACCAACCGUUCCUGCUUACAGAAGUUUGGUGGAGGUGUGGAAACUUUGCCUCAGCUUGAGCCUCCAGUUGUCCAGAUGGUUGUCAGCAAUGCCAAGAACCAGCACCAGCAGCAGUCCGACCACAUCCUGCCCCAAAUUGUCAAUCAGGGGGUCCAGAACCACUACCAAACAAACACAAUUGAGAGGCCAAAUCCCACUCAACAGUUCACCAUGCGAUUUGGUGCAGCCAUGGAUAAAAUAUCAGCAUCCCGCAACAACAAACUCUUCAGUAACAGACUGAACAAAGAAAAAGCACCCGAGGGUCGAAGGCUACCCAUGUCUCCCACAGACUCAGUCAACACUUUCCAAGAUCGUCUGACUGACUUUGAGAAGGAGGAAAUCAUGGACUACUCAGAGAUCUGGUUCCUCGGGCUUGGCGCUCAGAAGAUUGAGGCCUCCCAAAGUGCGCCGCAGAACAGCGGAUAUGAUGACGAGCAUGGGAGCUACAUCAGGGUCCUGCACGACCACAUUGCCUACAGAUUUGAAGUACUCGAAGUGAUUGGCAAAGGCUCCUUUGGGCAGGUUCUGAAAUGCUUGGACCACAAGACAAACGAACUUGUGGCUGUUAAAAUGAUACGCAACAAGAAGAGGUUUCAUCACCAAGCUUUAGUUGAGCUGAAGAUCCUGGAUGUGAUAAAGAGGAAAGAUAAAGACAAUCUUCAUAACGUCAUCCACAUGAAGGAGUACUUCUACUUUCGAAAUCACCUCUGCAUCUCUUUUGAGCUUCUCGGGGUGAACUUGUACGAGCUCAUCAAAAAGAACAACUUCCAGGGCUUCAGUGUGGCUCUCAUCCGUCGCUUCACUCACGCUCUGCUCAGGUGCCUGCAGAUGCUGCACAGAGAGAAGAUCAUCCACUGCGAUCUCAAACCGGAGAAUAUCCUAUUGUCUCAGAGAGGACCAGGGAACAUCAAGGUGAUUGAUUUUGGAUCAAGCUGUUACGAACAACAAAGAGUGUACACCUACAUCCAGAGCCGCUUCUACCGCUCCCCAGAGGUCAUCCUGGGUCACCCCUACAGCAUGGCCAUUGACAUGUGGAGCCUGGGCUGCAUCCUGGCUGAGCUCUACACUGGUUACCCGCUCUUCCCUGGGGAGAGUGAAGUGGAGCAGAUAGCAUGUAUCAUGGAGCUUCUUGGAAUGCCACCAAAUGAUUUUGUUCAGUCUGCAUCCAGGAGGAGAUUGUUCUUUGACUCAAAAGGAAAUCCCAGAAACACAACAAAUAGUAAGGGGAAGAAACGAAGACCCAAUUCCAAGGACCUGUCAACUACUUUGAAGACAAAUGAUGCUUUAUUCUUGGACUUCAUCACACGCUGCCUUACUUGGGAUCCAACUAAACGUAUGACACCAGAUGAGGGGUUACAGCAUGGCUGGAUCCUGGAGGGGAAUUUCAACAAGGCAAAGCCCAGAACCAAACCAUCAGGGAAGAAGCCUACGGACAGUGUGACUACCACAGAGAAAAAUGGUGACUACAGUUACAGCAAACAAGCAAACAGCAAAUCUGCAGAGAGGUUCAGCUCAGAAGAAAACUGUGACGAAGGCAAGUUGCAGAAACACAGUUCAGAGUCAAAGACAACCCCCGGUGAGCGUCUGCGACCUAUCGGGGCUUCAGCGGAGGACGAAGUGUGCGAGAGUGAGGAUUCCAAGCUUCAAGAUGGUGGUUUAGAGAGGCCUGUUCACAUCGUCAUCAAAACUCGGGAAGAAGAGUGCACGGAAAGGCAAGACAGCCUCGUGUCAUCUCAGUGUUUGCCUCCUAUCAUCUAAGAGCAGAGGAGAGCGGUGCUGCGUUCAAGAAAAACAGGAAAGUCAUGUGGCCGCUGAGAUUUGCUCCUGCUUUUGCAUUCAUCAGUCAGGAAUACAAACUAAAACGGUAUUAGCCAAGUUUUCCUGCAGGGUGGUUGUGAUAGAUUAUUGAAACACUGCCAUGUUGUGUUGUCUGAACACGACAAAAAACAAUUCUGAGAAUGGACGAACAAUUGUUCUACAAGUGACCGACAAGAUUUUAGAUGAUGUAUAGAAGAGGUUACAAUUAAAAUAUCCAUGAAAAUAUUGCACUUUUGUUAUUUAUAAUGUUUGUAUGUUUGUUAACCACAUGUGAUGCUCGGAGAAUGUAGUUUAAAUCUUAGUUUAUUAUUAUUAUUAUUAUGGCAUAGUCUUGGUUGAGUGUUGAAAUCUGUGAUAAAUGUUUAUUUUGUAAGGGGAGAAAAAAUAAGGCAAAUUUUUAAAACACCAAGAACAAUAAAAUUCUUAUAUUCAUUCUUUUUUUUUCAUUUUUAUCCUCUUUUACAAUCAUUCUCAUGUUAAACUACGAAAGUGUGUGUGCAAUAAAGUUGAGCCAAAACUGUUUUUGUAUGCAGACACGCAAUGUCAUGUACAUUUUAACUGGAACACAUAUACUGCUUAAAUUAUUAUUUAAUUUAUUUGCUUUAGCUAAUGUAUCUUGUAUGAUUGGCAAAACAUGUGCACCUCAACCAUUAUGUAUCUGUGUCCAAAAUAAGUGUAGUUCAGAAUACCCAUUUAUUGUUACUGAAUGAUAAUACUUUGGAUGUCUGUGUUUUUACACUAGAAACUGAAAGACAAUCUUAGUUUGUGCCUUGCAGUAUUAGACAUAUUGCACUUUACUGGUGUUUAGAAACUGUUGGCUAACUUCUUAUAAUUGUGCAGUACAAUACGAAACCUUCCCACAGUUGUCUAAUAGUGAAGAAAUGCUUUUUUGUCUUAUUGAUUAUUUUUGUUGUGAGUCAACGCCAGGUUGAAACAGGCAGUAAAGUCAUAUAGUGACAAUCAGGCCAACAAUCAGAAACUCUAAUAGGAAAGAGACUGACGGUGAUAUAUGAAAAUUGAAUCCUAUUUAUGUACUCAAUGCUUAAAUAAAAUGGUUUUUAAAAUG